AGCUCACUAGAGGUUAACUCAACCACUAAAACUUAAUUGACAAUGAGAGGAUUAACUCAUUAAUUUUAUAAGGAAUGUGAGGUCUGAUCGACUGUUCUCUAUUGGCACACCAAAAGCCCCUUCAAUCUUCCAACGUGGAAUCUCAACAUCUUUCUUUCUCAAUCCGAUAAAAAAUCAUUCCCUUUUUCUCUUCAUAUUGAUACUGACGUCUUCUUCUCAAGAUGGAGUAAUCUGAUUCUUAGUAACCGAACUGCUUCAUCAUGUUUCUUGGGUUUUCAGUCAAAUGAGAAAGCCUUUUUUGAGUUGCAGCUUCUUGGACGAUAAUUCGUUGGGUUCCGAGGGGUCCAGAAAUGGCUCCUAGAGUGCGAAGCAAAAAGAGGCCUAACUUGCGAAUUGAUGCUGCCCUUGAUGCUAUGAAGCAGUUUGGAUUUCCUCCAAAGUUGGUGCGUGACACGGUCAAGGAGCUCCUCGAUGUAUAUGGAGGAGACGACGGAUGGGUAUUCAUUGAAGAAGGGUCUUAUACUCUCUUGAUCGAUACCCUUCUCGAGAAGCAGAAUGAGGGUGCAAUCGAAGUGGUUCAUGAUAAUGAAAGAGUAGAUCAUCAGUGCACCUCAGUAGCUGGCUGUUCAUUGAGUGCUAUCGAUGUAACUCCCUCAAAUGAAGCUAUAAUAACCACAGCCACAUUGCCUGCAAAUGAGUUAGAUACAUUAUUUCCUGGAGAUGAAAGUUAUUGGAACAAUAAAGCUUCUGUUGACGAUGACCAUUUUAGGAGUACUUUUAAUCAGUCUUUACCUGCAUACACCCCCAAAAUACGAAGGCGAAAAGCUUAUCAUGGCUGGAUCGGUAAGGACAACAAGGAGGAGGAUCUCGUGUACUUAACCCCAGAUCAUUUGCCUGAAGAGCUUGCCAAGUUACUCAUACCUGGUGCACUGAAAAAAAGAAAGAAGCGUUGGGAUGUGGAAUCUGCAGAAUCAUGAGUUUUUUUUUCUUUUUAUUUGGCUGGUUGGAUGUUGAUGACUGGAGGGGAGAAGAUAGGUGAAAGUGUAAAUGGUAGUUUCACCCUCUUUUGUCUGUUAGGGUAACGUUUGAAGAAGCUUCCAAGCCUUUUAGUUGAAUUGCCCACAAAAGAAGUGUUUUGUUUUUGGUAGUGAUGGAUUAUUAUGAGCAUGAUGUUAAAUGUAGCUCACUCGUAUCUCAAUUUUGAAAAAUGAAUUUCUAACUCUUUCAACAA